AAUUGGGAAAGGGAGAGAUCUAAAAAGCAAUAAAGCGACCAGCUCUGGUUGUAUCGCUGCAUUCACCGGACAAUAUAGAGCAAAACGAAGAUUAUUUUAGCUACCAUUUAGCGAGAAACGCGAUCUAAUCGUUUUAAGGUCGGACUGCUUUCAAAAUUUCAAGCGAGAGAAUGAUGAUGGGGUGCUUAAGGAUGUUCUAUGAGCAGGGGCUCUAGCAAGUUGGUUUCGCAUCAGUGUCGCGGAAUGUACAAUUGAAUGAAUCCCCAUUUGGAGCAAGAUAUUUUUUUUAUUCCUGUGGAAUUUUAUGCAGCUAUAUCUUUUUAUCGAUGUACAUUCAUUCCUUAGACUAGAUAGAGAUUUAAUUGAAGACUAUUGCUAUCCAUUGGAUUGAUUGAAACUGUCAAGGUGUUGCUUAAUAGUAGUUUAUUGACAGUGAACCUACACUAUAAGAUAUGGCACUUUAUAUUGAAGGUCUGACUAAGGGCUUGGCCAACGGAGGGAUGGCCGAGUUUCAGGAAGUGAUGCGGCAGCAGCUGGAGAGCUCCAUGCAUACAGAGCUGGAGAUGCUGCUGGACACGGCCACAGGAGCUGAGAAAGAGGUGUCUACAAAAGACUUUGAGGGCUUCAAGAAGAUCUUCCACAGAUUUCUACAGGUGAAGGGACCUUCAGUCGAGUGGGCAAAGAUACACAGACCUCCAGAAGACUCGAUCCAGCCGUACGACAGGAUAGCGGCACGCGGCCUUCCAGACAGCGUGGCGGACAGCCUGAACAAGCUGGUGGUGGUUAAGCUGAACGGAGGUUUGGGCACCAGCAUGGGCUGCAAGGGCCCCAAGAGUCUCAUCGGCGUCCGCAACGAGAACACCUUCCUGGACCUCACCGUGCAGCAGAUCGAGCACUUGAACAAGACCUACAACACAGACGUACCCCUGGUCCUCAUGAACUCCUUCAAUACUGACGAGGACACCAAGAAGAUCCUCCAGAAGUACACACACCACCGUGUCAAGAUACACACCUUCAACCAGAGCAGGUACCCCCGAGUCAACAAGGAGUCCCUCCUCCCCGUGGCCAAGGACAUGGGCAUGACCGGCGAGAACGCCGACGGGUGGUACCCGCCGGGGCACGGCGACAUCUACGCCAGCUUCUACAACUCGGGUCUGCUGGACCAGCUGAUCGCCCAGGGCAAGGAGUACAUCUUCGUGUCCAACAUCGACAACCUGGGCGCCACCGUGGACCUGCACAUCCUGCACCACCUGGCGAGCCAGCCCAACGGCAAGCGCUGCGAGUUCAUCAUGGAGGUGACGGACAAGACCCGCGCCGACGUCAAGGGUGGCACCCUCAUCCAGUACAACGGCAAGCUGCGGCUGUUGGAGAUCGCCCAGGUGCCCAAGGCCCAUGUGGACGAGUUCAAGUCCGUGACCAAGUUCAAGAUCUUCAACACCAACAAUCUGUGGAUCUCCCUGGCAGCUAUCAAGAGGCUGCAGGAGCAGAACGCCAUGGAUAUGGAGAUCAUCGUCAACCCCAAGACCCUGGACGGGGGGCAGAACGUGAUCCAGCUGGAGACCGCGGUGGGCGCUGCCAUCAAGAGCUUUGACAACGCUCUGGGCAUCAACGUGCCCCGCAGCCGCUUCCUGCCUGUCAAGACCACCUCCGACCUCCUAUUGGUCAUGUCCAACCUGUACAGCCUGGAGGCUGGGUCACUGAACAUGAGCCAGAAGAGGGAGUUUCCCACCACGCCCCACGUCAAACUGGGCAGCUCCUUCACCAAGGUCCAAGAGUAUGUGACUCGCUUCGAGAGCAUUCCAGAUAUGCUGGAGCUGGACCAUUUAACGGUGUCUGGAGACGUCACGUUCGGAAAGCAAGUUUCUUUGAAGGGAACGGUAAUCAUCAUAGCCAAUCAUGGAGAUCGAAUCGACAUUCCAGCUGGUUCCAUGCUGGAGAAUAAGAUUGUGUCGGGCAACCUGCGCAUCCUGGACCACUGAGGUCUUCACCUGCUCCCUUGUCAUGUGACCUAUCCACUCACACACACCUCUUGCCAUUGAUUCACAUCACCCCAAACAUACUCCUAAGGAAUGGUGCCAUAUUUAGAAUGAGUCACUGGUCUGAUAUCCCUGCAGUACAUGUAGUUCAUAUUUGAUACCAUUUAUGAAGUCUGUAAUACAUGUGAGAAACAUAAUUGAAGGCCAUAUCAGAUCAAUGAUCUCUGCCAUAUAUUAUUGAUAUAUGGUUGCAUCCUUGAAAUACAUACCCCUUCUGUACAAUCCUUUAGAAUAUGUUUAUGAUAUAAGUAUCCAAAUGAUGAAGGAUUGAACAACACUAUAAUGUGCAUUACUUUUUUUUUAUCAGCAUAGUUUACAAAAUCAGAUUGUCUUCGUCAAUAUUUGUAUGUCUUCGCAAACAUACCCGUACCUCCACCUCUACCUUACUGUGUCUGUCAAUCAAUCCUUUUUUUCACUCCAAGCUGUCUCUCCAGAGAGAUGGUGAGAGGCUAGGUCUAGUAUUUGGUUCAACAAGUGUUUAAAAACUGUUAUUGAGACAUAGAUGAUUGACAUAUACACACACAUACAUUGGUGGGUUGACAAACCAAUGUCUGAGCUGGAUGCAUUGUCAGCAGCAUUAAGUCUGAAAGCAAUAAGUGUGUAAAUCUGUGAAUGUGGGUUUGAGCUGCAAGACCAUGGCCCUUUCCCAGCUUCAACCCUGGAGCUGAAUAAAGUGCAAUAUACAAGUCAAA